CGUAUUUAUAGUUUUACUUAGAAACACUUCAUUUGUCAGCGGACGCUGAUUCCAUAAUAUAUUCUUUGAGGAGGCACGAUAUUUUAAUUGUUUAUAAUUUACUUUUCGUACAACAACACAAAACAAAUGUGUUCAAACAAUUUAAUAACUUCAUUCUUUUCAAACAUGAUAUUAACACACUUAUAAUACUCGGAAUUUUAAAUACUUGUUUGUAUUUUCCUACCAACGAUGGUGUGUUUUGGGCCGAAAGUUUUCUUAGUUCGACUCUUUGGUGCACCUUCUUGGUACCACAACGUGAUUCAGUUUCGAUUAAAAUCAGUAUCUGUCACCCCAGCUCCUGCCCAAUGGACUGUAACAACAAUAACAAAACGCUGGUAUCAUCAGCCUCAUCCUCCAGACACAGUCAGUCCUCCUGGAAAACUGAAGCGUUAUCUUGUUGAUAAUUGUGUACGUUUUGCAGAAUCAUAUGAAAGAUUCUUAGAAAAACGAUAUCCAAAAGUGUUUGAAGUCUACCGGAUGUUUAAAGUUGGUAUCCGCGAUUUUAUUGCUGACACCAGAAUGUAUUAUAAUGUCACUACGGAGUUGUGGACAGGUAAAAGUCUAAACUGUUUUUCACGCAAGGAACUUGAAAUUUAUAAACAAUAUCCAAAAGAUGUAUGGAAGGUGUCUCCGACUUUGAUAAUCUCAGCUUUGCCCUUUGCUAACUAUGUUGUAUUUCCUAUCGCGUACAUGUACCCUAAAUGGUUCCUUUCACCUCAUUUUUGGUCAGACAAACAUAAAGAAAUGAUAUGGGGUGAGAUACUUGCUAAGCGAAUGAAUCAUUGUUCACCUGUUAUUUAUUACCUGGGAUCACAAUGUCGGCAUAUGGACGAAGAAAACCCACUCAAAGAGAAGCUACAAUUAGCUAUUAGCAAACUGAAACAAACACAUCAACUUACUGUAGAUGAAAUCUUAACCUUAAAACCACUUUUCGAAGAUUACCCAUGUCACAUAAACAAAAUUUCCAUUGCUUAUUUAAGACAACUAGCUAUGUGCAAUGGACUUUCGAUGCGCCGGUCAAAACUUGUGGACGAUACUCUUUUAUUACAUUAUAUAGACCUAGCUAUGGGUCGAGAAGGUAUUGAGAAUCUUUCAUCCCAAGAUUUGGCCAAGGCAUGCUAUGAUCGGUUUUUAAAUCCAGUAGGUGUCCCUCAUAAAGAACAAUUAAGUCAUCUUUGUCAAUGGUUAGAAAUCAGCAAAGAAGUUGACGAAAACAGUCUGUCUUUGCUGCUACAUCUUCCUGUAUUCUUAUCUUACAACCAACCAAGUAAUCAUUCACUGACCAAACGUAGCUUGCAGUGUGCAGAAAACGAAACAAAUAAAUAAAAUGUUUACUAUAUAUAUAUAUAUAUAUAUAUACAUAUAUAUAUAUAUAUUUAAAGGAGAAAAAUAAAUGAGAGAGAUAAUGUGUUUUUUUCUAUUUUCUACUUUUUUUUUAUUUUUUAAUUUAGAAAGCAGAAAAUUUCUUUGUAAAUUUUAAGCUGUUUAGUUAAAUGUCUACAGAUAUCAAAUCUAAGUGCUUGACCUCAAGAAGAGAGGUUAAGAUUUUUGGAUAAUGGUAACUUUUUGUUGUAGACAAGUCAAAAGGACGGACACACACACACACACACACACACCACACACAUGUAUAUGUAAAUUUCAAUGCUUGUAGCUGUUUGUUUUCUAUUGUAAUAAAUUACAAACUGUACUGUGUA